CCGCGACUUCUCGCGAGACGUGGAGCGGAAGGCGGGGCUCCGAGCUCCGGGGGGCGGGGCCGGCGGAGGGACAGCCUCGGGAGGGUCGGCUGGUGGUGAGGCGGCGGCGGCGACGCGAGGUGAGGUGAAGUGAGGGUCCCGAGAGCAGCGCCCCUCCUCCAUGAAGCUGCCGUGAAAGCUCCCGGGUGAGAGGGCCCGCGGCCCGUCCGCAAACAGAAUGACCAAAACCCGGCUCUUCCGCCUGUGGCUGGUCUUGGGGUCCGUGUUCAUGGUCCUCCUGAUCAUUGUGUACUGGGACAACGUGGGCACGGCCCACUUCUACCUGCACACUUCCUUCCCCAGGCCGCGCCCCACCCCCGCGCAGGGGGCAGAGAAGGAGUUCACGGCCGACGUGGACGCGUUUUUGCAGAAGCUGCUGAGCGGCGGCCUGAAGCAGAGCGCCCCCUCCGGUCGAAGGACGGAGCAGCCCUCGGUGCAGGCCUCGGGCAGGCCCGUGCUGAGCAACGCGGAGGAGAGCGUGCGGGGCUACGACUGGUCCGCCCGCGACGCCCAGCAGGGCCCGGACCCCGGCGGGCGGCAGGCGGAGCGGAGGAGCGUGCUCCGGGGGCUCUGCGCCAACGCCAGCUUCGUGUUCCCCACCAAGGAGCGCUCGUUCGACGACAUCCCCAACUACGAGCUGAACCACCUGAUCGUGGACGACCGCCACGGCGUCAUCUACUGCUACGUGCCCAAGGUGGCCUGCACCAACUGGAAACGCGUCAUGAUCGUGCUGAGCGAGAGCCUCCUGGACCGGGGCGCCCCCUACCGCGACCCGCUGGACAUCCCGCGGGAGUACGUCCACAACUCCAGCACCCACCUGACCUUCAACAAGUUCUGGCGCCGCUACGGCAAGUUCUCCCGCCACCUCAUGAAGAUCAAGCUCAAGAAGUACACCAAGUUCCUGUUCGUGCGGGACCCCUUCGUGCGCCUCAUCUCCGCCUUCCGCAGCAAGUUCCAGCUGGAGAACGAGGAGUUCUACCGCAAGUUCGCCGUGCCCAUGCUCACCAUGUACGCCAACCGCACCGGCCUGCCCUCCUCCGUCAGCGAGGCCUUCAGCGCGGGCCUCAAGGUGUCCUUCGCCAACUUCAUCCAGUACCUGCUGGACCCGCGCACCGAGAAGCUGGCGCCCUUCAACGAGCACUGGAGGCAGGUGCACCGGCUCUGCCACCCCUGCCAGAUCGACUACGACUUUGUGGGCAAGCUGGAGACGCUGGACCAGGACGCGGCCCAGCUGCUGCGGCUUCUCAAGGUGGACAAGCUCCUGCACUUCCCCCCGAGUUACCGGAACAGGACCGCCAGCAGCUGGGAGGAGGGCUGGUUCGCCCCCAUCCCCCUGGCCUGGAGGCAGCAGCUGUACAAACUCUACGAGGCCGAUUUCGUCCUGUUCGGCUACCCGAAGCCCGAAAACCUGCUCAGAGACUGAGGGCGGCGGGGACAGUCCCGAACGCCGGAACCAACCGGGCUCACGUCAUCUGCCGUCCCACGGCCGUCUUCCUGCGGGAGGAGCGAUGGGCUCCCGCGUGGAUUUUUUUCACGGCCCCGUUUCCCUGCCGGCCCGACACGGCAGGGUUCCCCAGCGCUCCCGUCAACGAGGAGGCUGGAGACCGUCCCCACACUCCAGUUUUUUAAAUAACCUACGAUUUUGCAAUCUAGACGUACCGUUUACUCCACUGCCUAUAUUCGUUGAGUACUGCGUUAAUAUUGUUUUCUAAGAUUAAUAUAUUUGAGAUAUUUAAUAUGAAAAGUGCAGAAAGAAAGGAUGGAGUAAAUGUUACACCUGCUUCUUCCGCCUGCUCUCGUGGUUAUUCUGGCAGAGCGUGAAACUCAGGUAGAGGAAGGGGAUUUUCGUGGUCAUCUUCCACAAAAAGCAGGACCCUGCACUUGAAAUCAGGCCUCCCUCGUGUUUAUAAAAGGGUAGCAGACAGAUCUCCUCAAGCGAGAGCGCCCUUGCCGUGUGAUAUUUCUGGAAAGGGAAGGCAGUCAGGAAGGGUGUUCUGUUUGCGACCACCCUUCCCGGCCGCGGUCACGGAGCAGGGUGGUCACUCCAGCUGUUCCUGUGAGUGUAUAAAUCCUGGCCCUAAGGAUUUGCUGUGACAGGGGUGCUGUGAGGAGUCUGUCCCGAGAAUCGAUUCCUGACGUCAGCAAGGUGAGGCUUGGGCGACAGAUGCGGUGACCUUCUCCCUCGCGGGCGUGACUGACCCUGGGAUCCUCUCGCUCGGCGGCCCCGACUUGGGAAAGGUGUCCUGUUGGCUAGUCCGGGAAGGCUCCUGGUUCAGAUUUAUUUGCAGUUUUGGCCUCGACCCUGUAGUUGGUGAGAAAUUUGCGGUCACUCCGUGGUGUGUGGGGCUCACGUUUGACCUUGCGUCCUUGAUGUGUAGCAUUUGGUCCCUGGGAGCCGGCAGUGCACUCAGGAGGCCUGCCCCCAGCCCUCCUUGGUGCGCAGUGUCCUUGCUGUUUCUGGUUUCCAGAUGGCACCGGGGGCUCGUCUGAGCACGUGGCCUCCGCGCGCUCACCUCCUAGACUCGGGGCUCCGCCGUGCGACAAGCCACCUGCUCCUCUUUUUAUGAAACGGUCAGCAGCAGAGAUACUCGAACUUGGGAGUCCGGCUGUAGAGUAACUUAAGAGCUGUCAGGCACCACGGUGGGGAUCUCCUGGGGCACCCGUUUGCUCAGUAGUCACCCGUGACACCGAGAGCGCUGGGCUUCAGGGUGGCUCUGCCUUCGGGGAGCCUUGUGAUCCUGUGGUAGAGACGAGAGUGGGGACCCCCAUCCCAGGCCAGUGGGCUGAGUGCCUUCAGGACAAGGCAUCUGGUGAUGUGAAGGCGGGCUUCCUGAGGGAGGUGGUGGUUGAGCACGGCCUGAAGGGCGGGGCAGGCUAGGUGGCCGAGCAGUGACAUCAGCAGAGGUGCAGGGCGUGUCCACAGAUGGCAGGUACUAACUACUGUGACACAUUUCUUGUGUCAUUUCAUGUUCUCUCGGAAGCCACCGUGCUCUUCCUGUCCUUUUCUCUAGUGAGGAUGCUGUGUAGCAGAGACAAGGCAGGGCCGGGAUCUGGAGCCCGUGUGCCUGACCGCCCCCCCCCCCCCCCCCCCCCCAGGGAUGUGGACGGGUUGUGGGCAUAGAGUCUGGCGGCCUUGACUGUCAGGCCCAGUUGAGAUUUCACUUAGGCAGCAACGAGCCGUGGAGGUUUCUGGGUGGAGGGAUUUGGAUGCUUUGGGGUCAGGUGGUGUCGGGCCGAGAGGGGAGGGCGCCGGGAGGCCGGUCAGCAGGCAGCGGGGGCCUCGCCCAGGGAUGAUGGGGUGACGGGGAGACAGGAGGCGCCCAGGUGACUCGAGGGAGGGUAUUGGGAAGAGGCUCCUUCCGACGCCCCACGGGACGGGCGGCCCCCCCAAGCCAGCCUGCUGCUGAUAUUCCCACGUGUGACGAGGGACGAGCAGGAAGGAAUCAGGAGAGCUUAACGAGGACCUUUCUUCUGACCUGGCAGCUUCCCCCCGCCACACACCGGUUUUUUAAUCGUGGUCAAAGACACAUACAAUUUAUCAUCUUAGCGGUUUUGUGUCCAUUUCAGGGGCGGUAAGCGCGUUGUGGUGCAGCCAUCGCUGCCAUCCAUCUGCGAGACGUUUUCAUCUUCCCAGAGUGGGAGCCCCAGCCCCAGCCCCACCGCCGGCCCCCUGCGUCUGUGUGCGGGACAACUCCAGCGACCUCACAGAGGUGGGGUCACACGUACUUGUGCUUUCGUACCCGGCUCGCGUCACUCAGCAUCACGUCCUCGAGGUCCACGCGUGUGGUAGCAGGUGCCAGCGCGUCCCUCCUCGUUACGGCCCACGCCGUCCCACGGUGUGGAUGUGCCACAUCGUAUUUAUCCGUCACCCAUCCGUGGACACGUGAGUCGCUCCCGCCUCCGAGCUGCUGCGAAUAACAUUGCCAUGAACAUGGGUGUGCAAAUAUCUGUUUGAGUCACUGUUUUCAGUUCUUCUGGGUAAAUACCCAGAAAAGGGAUUACUGAGUCACAUCUGACCUGGCGGCUUUUUAUAAACUGAGCCAGUGUGCAGACACCUGCAGGCUCCAUCAGGACCGUUGUUUUGCAGAUCAUGUUUCCUGGUGUUGGAGGCAAGCUGGAGGAUGUCCUGGGAAAACAAGCCAGCGUUUGGAUGGUUUCAGAUCUCCUUUACGUGUAUGGAGUAUGCUGUGGAUUUCAGUCACGUGCUGUAAUUUUGAAUAAUGGAUAUUCAUCAAAACAAGCCACAGCGUUUAAAUAACAACAGUUUGGGGCAUCUGGGGGCUCAGUCGAUCAAGUGUCCAACUCUUGACUUUGGCUCAGGUCAUGAUCUCGCGGUCCGCGGGUUCAAGCCCCACGUCCGGCUCUGUGCUGACAAUGUGGAGCCUGCUUGGGAUUCUUUCUCUCUCUCUCUCUGCCUUCCCCCUCUCGGGUCUGUCUGUCUCUCUCUCUCAAGAUAAAUAAACUUAAAAAAAUUUUUUAAGUAAGUAACGUAACAGUUCUGAAAUACCUCUUUAGCCGCCAUCAUCAUGGCGCUUGGCAUCUGCCUCUCUGGGUAGUUUCUCACUGAGAUGUGUUUAUUUCGAGAAUGUUCAGACACAUGUCACAACUCACUGACUGGUGGGCUCAUUACGGGCAGGGUCACAUCUCCAUUUCCUUGUUUUUGGUUCUGCCAAGAAUAAUCACCCUGUAGGUCUGUUUCUGUGGGUAGCGGGGGCAUGUUUGCAGGGACAUCGAGGCCCGGGGACCAUUGGAGCAGAUUGCAGCGACAUCCGUACACCCGUCCAGAUCCCUGUGCGGCCCCCGGGGCCCGAGGGACGGUGGCAGAGAAGGUCCCCCUCGGCCGUCCACCUCUGCCUUCCAGAGGCUGCAGCAAGAGGGGGCCCCCCUCGUCCUUUCUGGGGUGACUCUUACUCUUUCUGUUUCCCUGGCCCACAGAAUAGCAUCCUGUGAAGAAAUUUGGCUCCAUAUUUUUUGUGCCCCCAGAAUUUUUACAUUGGGGUGCCUGGGUGGCUCAGUCGGUUGAGCAUCCAACUCUUGAUUUCAGCUCAGAUCGUGAUCUCACGGCUCGUGGCGGGGAGCCCCGUGUUGGACUCUGCUCUGGGUGUGGAGCCUGCUUGGGAUUCUCUUUCUCUGCCUCUCUCCCCUGCUCACACGCUCCUGCCCUCUCUCUCUAAAAGAAGAAAAAUAAAAAUAAAAAAUUUUUAUUGAUACUGUUCAGAUAGAUAAUUUAGCCAAACGAUUCCAUAAACCCGAUUCAACUCUGCUUACCUUUGACCUCUAACCGUUGCCAAAACAUUUGCCUGCAGUCCUAAUGACACCACAGUCUACGGUACAGAAUCUUCUUGUGUGUUGGCACUGAGCGCCCAGCACGGCCACCAGGCCACUGUGCCUGUUGACCGUCGGGGAGAGGGAUGUGGGACAGACCCAACGCUGAGGCACAUGUGUGUGUAUUUAUGACAGAGAGAGACACUGUCAGCCCUCGUUCCUCUAAAAAUGGUAUGUGUUGCCAUGCUUUGACGCAGAGGACCCACCUAUGGUUUUUAAUGUACCAUAGGGGGUCUUAUAUUGCUUAUUUUGCUAUUAGCGCAGCCAAGUCCCUGCACUCAGGUGUGGACGGUGACGGCUCCUGUUACGGUGCAUUCUGCCCAAGCAUCUGUGCCUGGGGCAGGGCCCGCGCACUGUGGGCACACGGUACCUGUCUGUGGAGUGAGUGAGCGAAUGAAGGGGUGGUGCCACGGAGCCUCAUUCUGAACCAGCCAGGGUGGCUGCCAUCACCCUCUCCAGCUGUUCGUAAGGUGAUCACGGCUUGUGGAGGUUCUGUGACUGGCCCUGAGUGGGCGCACACCUCACUGUUUCUGACUUCUGGCACUUUCUAAGCCUUGUGUUGUCUGUGCGGCUUGCACUGUUCCUGAGGAAGUUAGCUGACACCCUGUUUUGAGAGAAUCGGUUUGUCUUUAUUCCCUCCCCGUGUUCUCUCCUUCCCCCUGAAAGAUGCUAUGGCUCCCCCUUACCUCCUCCCAGAGGGGGCAGGGCUGCUGCCAGAGGGGACAGGACUACCUUAUGCGUGCUCAUCUCCCACAGCCACCUGCAGAGGAGGCCUGCAGUCAUGGAAUGGCCAGGCCGCCCUCUCCCUCCCCAAGUCCUCGUCCCAAGAGGGCGGGAGACCCGGGUCAGGGAUGCAGGCGGGCUGGGCUGGUCCUGGCGGACGGCCAGGAGCUCAUGCACCCCCGUCAUGUGGGUCCGAGCCCCAUGGGUGGCCUGUACGUUCAGUAAGCCUACUGGGCCCCCUCCCAGCAGGCCCUUCAGAGCGGCCCCGGUCGCCACCUCGGCUGCCCUCGGGGGUCUUAGCUCUGGAGCAGCUGUGCGGGAGGCCCUAUGUGUUACACGGAGCACCCGAUGGCUUCCCGGUGCAGGACUCCGGGGGCCACACUGACGUCCCCAGAACCUUCUCCUUCAGCUUCUCGGGAGGGAAGCGCGGUUCCUGGUUGGACUUGCUCCUCAGCGUGUGCUCUCCCCGCUCGGUUGGGAUUGCUGCUAGGAGUGAGGGGGGUGGGGGGGGCGAGGUGUGAUGGUCCCGGCGGGCGCCUUGGUCUGUUCUCCUUGGGGGCUCCGCCCUGAGAGAGCAAGUUCACAGAUACCAUGCAGACCCGGGGAGCGGGGGUGUGGUCACCCAAGCACAUUCUCCAGUGAUAAUUCCUGCCAUUUCUUUAUAUGCCAUACGUCCUUUCCUGCCCACCCGUAAAACUUGGACAGCAUAGACGAUGUAAACAGGUUCAGAUACGUGACAGCGGGGUAGACGCGUGUUGUUUUUUUGCCGACGCGCAUUCCUCCCGGCUAAAGAGCCCGCCUCCGGGCUUCCUUAGCCUGAGAGAGUCGAGCGGGGCAGUCCCCACCCCACACCUGAGCUCUGGCCCGGCAGCCGCGUGCUGGAUAGAGGCAGCCCUCACACCCCAGCUGGACGCAUCAGACCCAGGGCCUGCGGCUGGAAACCUUCGGGAAGGGGCUCGGCCAGGCUGGUGGGGCGGGAGCAGUUCCGCCAGCAGAGCCCCACGGAGACAGAGGCCAUGCCGUGAGGGCUAGACGUGCACAGCACGGUCCACCUGCCGUUGGUAGGUGCGGGGCCGACGCGCGUCCACUGGCUUACGCUCCUUUGAGCCGGAUCUGUGUAUGGAAUGUCCAGGAUGUGACUGCUAUGCCACUUCAUCACCAACGGGCAUCAGAACGCAGGGUUAAAGGCGUUCCGUCAAUGAAGAGAAGCCGUGCGACCUCCGCGCACGUGGGUUAUGGUUCGCUUUGGCGUGAGCAGUUCAGUUCAGAUGACAGAACUUGACGUUUUCCUACUGUGCCCAGACCCAGUGACCAAAGGUCCCCUGGUGGGAUACCAGUUCAGACCAGCAGAGAGGUUAAUUAGGGACCGUGGGAUCUUUCUCCUCUCGGGAAUUACUUCUUCACGCGUCAUGCAGAGGGAAGCCGGUGAGAAAUGACACCCCGUUGGGACGCAUCCCUGCACUCGCCCUCCGCUGCUCUGGUGCGUGCCGAAUGUCGUUCCUCAGGCCUGCCGGAGAUGAUUCAGGCUGGCCGUCCCGGGCACCGUCUGGACGGCAUUUGCUCGUGAUGGUGGCACCGUCACGCUUGUGUGUCACGGGUCUGUUGGGUGCCUUUGUGGGUGAUGAAUGAACACAGCCGGUCUGACUGCCUUCUGCGCUUUGUGGAUUUUCCUGCCGGAGCUUGGUGGAGGCUGCCGGGCCGGUGGGACUGUGAGUGUGUGCGGUAUGCUCGCAGAGGCGGAUCCAAAAGGGAUAGCUUUUCCGGGCAGGGGGUGUUUUGAACUCGGAGUUAGGGCCUGGGCGUCCGAAAUUUUCCUGGCACUUUGGGGCACGAGGCACACUUAGGCUGGGUGCAGAUUUGAAGGGGCAACAGUGCCGAGCUUUGAAGAGAAGGAAGCUUCCUUGGGCAGCAGGGAGGGGAGGCCAGCCCGGACGGUUAGCAGAGGUGCCCACAGCAAGUCUGUAGACUGGUCCGUGAGUCGACCCAAAGUUGCCUUCUUUUUCCGUGUGGUCAUACAUCGUCACGUGAGCAGAAAGUUUUCUGUGCGUGAAAUGUGAGAGAAGAACGUGGCCAGGCAAGUAGGUGUGAUGGAGUGAGCCGUUUGUGUGAUGGAAUGAGCCAUUUGAUAAUGGUCUGGAAAGGCUGCAUCUGGUUCUGGGUUUGUCUAGGGCCGCGGAGCCAGCAGUAUUCCUUGUGGUCUCGGUUCUGCAGCUGUGCAAAAUCACCACCUGAUGAGCGGUAAUAAGUCUGUCUAAACACACUUUGAAAUCCUCACAUGAGCGAUGGGUCUGGGUUGUCCAGGCGCCUUCCAAAACAGCGGGUUGGUUUGCAGAAACACAGCCGGCCUUUCCAGGCUCGGGGAACGUCCUGCUUAUCAUGUUUCAAAGAGCUUCGGGGUGUGAGUGUGCUGACCCGUCAGCAGAGAGGGCCCGGCUGUGCUCAUCCCGCCCUGGAGGGCCCUGGAGAGAACUGCGCACAGCCCCGGUGGGUGAAGGUCAUCGGACCGGUGCCCAGACCUCCCCGAGGAUGGGGUGGAGGGUGGGGGUUGGGGCCCAGGGCACUCCGUCAGGGCCACGGGCCAGGGGGCUUUCGGCCUCAGGCCUUCCACCCUGGACUGGAGUCCAUUUCUUAUGCGAACUUGGAGUAGGAACCUUUAAAGUGCUCUUUUCAGCUAGUAAAGCUGUUUGUCCUUAGAUGACUGGCCAUCCUCUUUAGGAGAAUGGGUUUCUCACAAUUAAAAAAAAAAAACAAAAAAAACCGCCCCACCUCGUAAAUACGUUUUCUUGGAUGAAUUGGGGGGUGGAGAUGGUGGUGAUAAUUUUAUUCUUUUUUAAAAUGGUGGCAAAACAUACAUGACGUGAAAUUCACAUCCUAACCGUUUAGGUCCAUGAGUCGGUGGGGUGGCUGUGCAGCCAUGUCCACCCUCUGUCCCCAGAUGCCUCAGCCCCCAUGCUGUUCAGGGUCACCUGUGCCUGUCCUGUGUGUCCGGCCUCUUGCCCUGAGCAUCACAUCCUCAAGGUUCAUCCAUGCUGGAGCAGGUGCCAGAAUUCCCCUCCUUUGUGAGGCCGAGUGACGUUCCGGCGUACAGAUGCGUCACUGUCAUUGAUCGGCCCCUCCUUCGGUGGGCAACGGUUGCUCUCGCCUGUUGGCUGUGUGAAUAGCGCCGUGUGAGCACGGGGUGCAGACGUGCGAGCACAGACCCGGGAGUAGGAUUUCUGGAUCACGUGGUAAUUCUGUAUUUAAUUUUUUGCACGACUGAGUUUCAAUUCUUUUUCCUGCCAGAAACGCUUUCAGAGGAUGACGGGUGGGAGUAGCACAUGGCAAGUUUUCCCCGGCGUGUUUGCGUCCUUAAACCUCCGCGCAGUUACGGUCACGGAGGCAGAGCUGGCGUUGGCUGUGAUGUGGCGGCCCCCACGCCCACGGCCCCGGGUGGGCGGGGGGUGGUGAGUGAGACACGGGCCUCCCGUCCCAGACCAGGGGCCACGCACAGACGUCCUCGCUCCCCCAUCACACCCAUGGAGCGUGUGGCCCGUGGAGGAGCGCCACCCCCGCUCCCGGCUGGGGAGAAGCCACUUCUGACCCGCGGUUUGGGGGAACCUGUCCCGGGUGACGCCGCCACCAGGCUGGGAGCACCCGGCACCUCGGCCGUCUCCCGGCAAAACGGGGUGGUCGCUGUCCUCUGAGAAAGCUUCACCGGAUGAAAACCAUAAGCAGAGCAGUGUAACUCAG